AUGGAAGAGCUUCAUUACACAUUGAAGAGGAAUGACGGAAGAGUUGUUGGCCUUUACGACGAGAUUUCCCUGUUGUAUGAACAACUAGAUAAAUAUAAAAGCGGAAACUCUGAUCGAAAGACAUUCCUUUCGUUAAUAAACGGCAGCCCAUGGCGAAGAAAUUUUAGAACCUCCAACAGCAUCGUCCCAUGCACCCAUUUCAACAUCGCCGGUUUCGUUCAACCUGAUGUUAUUGUUAAUCUCCUGCAUAGCAAUGAUUACGAUGGCUUCUGUGAUCGUCAACUUUUCGUGUGCCCCCCCGAACAGGACGUAGACUACGACGACAUCAUUCAACCGCCGGAAGGAACACCUGAUCUAAAAGAUUUAUUUCGAGCAAUAGAUGAAAACCACAGCUCAUCCAACCACAACUACACGUUGUCUAACGACGCGCAUGAAGAAUUUGUGUCAUUCCAUGACCAACUAAAUGAAAGAAAGAGAAACCAGCAUCGACGCGACAAAGACCGGAAAAGUAUUCUGUCUAAAGCAAAAGGACAGGUCGCUCGUCUUGCCGCCGUCUUGUUUGCUCUUGAUCAAGCAUUGGCAUUGGUCAUAAAGGAAACGGACGAUCAACCAUCCUGGUUGUUUGAAAUUCCGCGUGAAUUCAUGGAACGGGCUAUCCAUCUGAUCGAAUUCUGCAUUGCUCAGAAAUUUGCCCUCGGGAAACCCGCUUUUAAACCGCCACCUGCCAAUACCACUAACACUGACAACUGUCAGCCACAGGAGAUUGACAAGCACAGAGUAAAACGGCUACUUGAGCUACCAUCCCCUAUAUCCGUGACACAUAUUACUCAACGUCAUAUACAAAAAAGAGUAGACAAUAAAUAUAGGAAAGAAGAAGCAGAAGCGUUAAUGGAACACGUUUUACAGCUCAAACUUGGCGAAAUUGUCACUGCUGAAUACCAAGCAGGAAAACAAAAACGAGAGAAGAAAACCCUUGUCAAGAGAAAAAUCGACGAUCUAGACGAAGAGCAGAAAAAUAUUCUAAAACGAUUGAAGGUUGACUUGGAAAAAUUCAAUCAAUAA